AUGGAGACGCCAACAGAGCUGCCAGCUCGCCCCAAGCCAGCCGCGGAGAGCAAUCCAGCGGAAGAACAGAAACCUGCCACCGAACAGAAGCCACCGAAAGAAAAGAAACCCAAGGAGAAGAAACCGAAAGAGAAGAAGCCAAAGCCUGAAAAGGGCCCAUCCGAGUCGAAACGCGCUGCUCCAGCUCCUAAUGACCCCGAUGCGAUGUUCAAGGUUGGAUUCCUUGCCGAUGUGUACAAGGAGCGACCGCUGGAGAGCACCGUGAACAAACAGGUCGUGACACGAUUCCCUCCCGAGCCAAAUGGCUAUCUCCACAUCGGCCACAGUAAGGCUAUGACUGUCAACUUCGAAUUUGCCAGAUACUACGGUGGAAUAUGCUACUUGCGCUUUGAUGACUCGAACCCGAAAGGCGAAGAGGAGCGAUACGUCGAGAGCAUCAAGGACAUCGUCAACUGGCUGGGUUUCACUCCAGUGAAGAUCACCCAUACAAGUGAUUAUUUUGACCAAUUGUACGAACUUGCGGAAAAGUUGAUCUUGAAGGAUAAGGCAUACGUUUGUCAUUGCACAGACAGCGAGAUCAAGGCCCAGCGAGGCGCGGAUGAGACCUCAGACAAGAAGGGCAAUGAAAGAUUUGCCUGUGCCCAUCGUGACCGUCCUACUUCCGAAUCCCUUGCUGAAUUCCGCGCGAUGCGUGACGGGAAAUAUCGAGCACGCGAGGCGGCGCUCCGUUUGAAGCAAGACUUAGAGAACCCAAACCCUCAGAUGUGGGAUCUUUUUGCAUAUCGAGUUGUAGAAACAGAUGAUGGCAAUUUCGCAAAACAUCUGCAGACCGGUGAUAAGUGGAAGAUAUACCCAACGUAUGAAUACUGCCACUGUGUGUGUGAUAGCUUUGAGAACAUCACUCACUCGCUGUGUACCACUGAGUUUGAGCUCUCGCGUGAGUCAUAUGACUGGGUGGUGAAUGAGCUUGAUAUCUAUAAGCCAAUGCAGAGAGAGUAUGGCCGCCUAAAUAUCAAUGGCACUAUCAUGUCAAAACGGAAGCUCGUCGAGCUCAUUGAAGGCAACGAGCCUAGGGGGUGCAACCGAGGAAAAUAUGUUAAAGGAUGGGACGAUCCACGCCUUUUUACCCUUGUUGGCCUUCGCCGACGUGGAAUUCCUCCACAGGCCAUCUUAUCCUUCGUGAAGGAACUCGGUGUUACAAAAGCAAAGACGACAAUUGACGUAAAACGUUUGGAGCAGUCUGUGCGAUCUUACUUGGAGUCAACCGUCCCUCGGCUUAUGCUUGUCUUGGACCCCAUUACUGUUGUUAUUGACAAUCUCCCAGACGAUUACGUGGAGAUGAUUGACCUGCCUUUCUCAAAGGACCCCAGCCAUGGUUCUCACACUGUACCAUUUACCAACAAAAUCUACAUUGACCGUAGCGAUUUUAGAGAAGAAGCUUCGGACAAUUUUUUCAGAUUGGCACCUGGUGGCUCGGUUGGUCUUCUGAAGGUUCCGUUCCCUAUCACCGCUACAUCUUUCGAAAAAGACCCGAAUACUGGCCUUGUUACAUUGAUUCAUGCCAAGUACGAUAAACCUGAAGGAGACGAAAAGUUCAAGAAACCCAAGGCCUAUAUCCAAUGGGUUGCCCGAUCUCUCGCUCAUAAUAGCCCUGUCAGCGUCGAAGUACAUAACUUUAAUCCUCUUUUCAAAUCAGCCAAUCCUGCUGGUCAUCCUGAUGGCUUCUUGGCCGACAUAAACCCGGACUCGGAAGAAAUCCUUCCCAACGCAAUUAUCGAGACUGGCUUCCAUGAAGUGAAACAGAGAGCUCCUUGGCCUGCCAACAAGGGAGAGUCAACUGCUGAUAAACCAUCUCCUGCUUCAGUGCGGUUCCAAGGCAUGCGUGUCGCAUACUUCUGCGAGGACACAACAAGCACACCUGAGAAGAUUGUACUUAACAGAAUAGUGACCUUGAAGGAAGAUGCUGGGAAAGCUUAA